CUCUUCCGUGAACCUCAACAGCACACCGCCUUAUAUCCUUCCAAACACAUCUCCACCCAACCCAGUCUCCCUCGAAAAGUACUCCCGUACACCAUACAACCGAUACAAUGGCGAACGAGAUGGCCGCCCCAACAGCGCGAGAGAUUGGCGGUGAGCUCACCGUUGACGAGCGUAACCUCCUGUCCGUCGCCUACAAGAACGUCGUCGGCACACGACGUGCCUCGUGGCGCAUCAUCUCCUCGAUCGAGCAGAAGGAGGAGUCCAAGGGCUCUGAGAAGCACGUUGGCACCAUCCGCGACUACCGCCAGAAGAUCGAGACCGAGCUCGAGCAGGUCUGCCAGGAUGUUUUGAACGUCCUUGAUGAGUCCCUCAUCCCCAAGGCCGAGUCUGGCGAGUCCAAGGUCUUCUACCACAAGAUGAAGGGUGACUACCACCGUUACCUCGCCGAGUUCGCUUCUGGCGAGAAGCGCAAGGUCGCUGCGACUGCCGCACACGAGGCAUACAAGACGGCCACCGACGUUGCUCAGACCGAGCUCACUCCCACCCACCCCAUCCGUCUGGGUCUGGCACUGAACUUCUCGGUCUUCUACUACGAGAUCCUGAACUCACCCGACCGUGCUUGCCACCUUGCCAAGCAGGCUUUCGACGAUGCCAUUGCUGAGCUCGACUCUCUGUCUGAGGAGUCCUACCGUGACAGCACCCUUAUUAUGCAGCUCCUCCGUGACAACCUCACCCUCUGGACAUCAUCGGAUGGCAACGAGGCCGAGGCUGCUGACUCUUCCGCCCCCAAGGAGGAGAAGGCUGUUGACGCCGAGGCCGCCGCACCUGCCGAGCAGAAGAGCGAGGAGGCACCAGCCGCCGCUCCCGCUGCGGCCUAAGCAGUUCCUACCUCUCUCGACCUGGUUCAUCGCCAGUCACCGUCUCGUAUUCCCGGAUAGACGAAAGAGGCUGCUACGGCAGCGAGCGUCAUACGGAGUUGUAUGUGUCCUGAUUUCGAAAAUUGGCUUUAGCAGCGAGCGGGUCGGAUGGUCAAAUUCCCCAUGACUGAUGUGUUUCCCUUUACUCUCCUGUAUCACC